GUACUGUCCAGUCGAAGAGCGAACGCAGACACUGCUCGAAUUUCGCCGGCAACACACCGCGAGUACGCGCGCGCUGCAUCAAAUAUUUUUUUAUUCGUACCACAACUGCAGUUCGCGUAUAAUAACGAUUAUAAUAUUGAAAUAUCGAACAGUCCGCAUGUGAUAUCGUCGUAGUAUUAUUAAUAUUAUUUUAAAGCGUUGCUGCUGCUGCUGCUGCUGCUGCUGCUGCUACUGCUGUCGACGUUUUUAAAUUUAUUUGUGUGCUUUCGUAUUAAUACAACGUAGGCACCUCCGCGAUCGACACGUUUAAAAUUGCGUAUCGCGGUGUGACCGAUACUGUGUGUAAAUAGUUUUUCGGUUUUUUCCCUAUUUCAAUACAUAGAUGCCGUCUAAUAUACGUAUCCAAUAAUACUUCAAUCAGCUUUACCCGAUUUUUUUGUGUCUUGGCCGUCACCAGAUACGACGAUCACAAUCACACAAAUAGUAUACUGAUAUCAUUAAAAUUACGAUGGACGAUCCGUGGUACAAAUCGACAGAUUCGUUGACAUGGGCGUUGACGAGGAAAAAGACCGAUUCGGAUGAACCGGGUAAAGAAAAACUCAACCGGGUGUUGACUUUCUUCGACUUGACCGCGUUGGGCACCGGCUCCACAUUAGGAUGUGGUGUGUACGUGUUAGCUGGUGCAGUGGCUAAAUCAAUCGCCGGUCCAGCCGUAGUCCUGUCUUUCGCCAUAGCCGCUGUGGUAUCUGCGUUUUCCGGAUUAUGUUACGCCGAGUUUGCCGGUAGAGUACCCAAAGCUGGAUCUGCAUAUAUCUACAGUUACGUGGCGGUUGGCGAGUUCACUGCGUUCGUUAUCGGCUGGAAUCUACUUAUUGAGCAUCUCAUUGGUACCGCGUCUGUAGCCAAGGCCAUGAGCAAUUACUGCGAUUCUCUGUUGGGUAGUCCACAAAGAAGGUACAUGACCGAACAUUUUCCCAUACACAUCGGUUUUUUGGCCGAUUAUCCCGACAUUGCGUCAUUUGUCGUGAUCGUCGUCAUCGCACUACUGGUAGCUUGGGGCGUUCGUGAAUCGUCAUUUACCAACAACAUAUUUACCGCACUGAAUUUGAUAACCGUUUGCACCGUGAUCGUGACCGGAUUUUAUAAAGCCAACUAUUCAAACUGGUCCAUUCCGAAAAGCGAAAUUCCGCCGGAAGCAAAGGGCGGCGAAGGCGGUUUCUUACCAUUCGGAUGGGUCGGCGUAGCAGCCGGAGCCGCGAAAUGUUUCUACGGAUUCAUCGGUUUCGAUUCGAUUGCCACGACUGGCGAAGAAACGAAAAAUCCCAAAAGAGAUAUACCGUUGGCAAUUGUCGCGUCUCUGUUUCUCAGCACGAUCGCUUAUUGUGGAGUGGCCACUGUUUUAACACUCAUGUGGCCUUACUAUUCGCAGGAUCCAGAUGCACCACUUCCAGCACUCUAUGAAAAUUUGGGAAUGCCGGUGAUAAAGAUUAUAGUCUCGGGCGGCGCGAUAUUUGCCUUGUGCACGAGUCUUUUGGGUGCAAUAUUUCCACUGCCUCGCAUCUUGUACGCGAUGGCCAGCGACGGUUUACUUUUCAAGUUCUUGUCGAACAUAAACUCCAGGACCAAAACUCCUCUGAUAUCGACGGUCAUCUGCGGAGUUUUCGCCGGAACUUUGGCCACCGUGUUCAAUCUCGAGCAGCUCAUCGAUAUGGCGUCCAUCGGCACACUCCAGGCCUAUACGAUCGUGUGCAUAUGCGUGUUAAUACUGCGGUACACCGACAACAGUCCGUCCAUCCAAGACAACAUAUCCAAGUCGAAAGGGAUUACGGUUUACACGUGGUUGAAUUUGUCGAACGCUAAAGUGCCAAACUCCGACACUCAAUACGUUUCAAGGGCGUUGAUAUUAAUAUUUAGUGUAUGUACGUUUGUGUUUGGAAUAAGCUUAUCGAACAUGGAAUCACAUCAUGGAAAUACGAAAAACGUCCUCAUGAUUAUAAAUGUAAUAUCACUUAUGGUUUUGUUGGUUACGUUGUUUAUGUUGGGCAGACUUCCGACAGCUCAAGAAGAUUUAUCCUUUAAGGUGCCUUUGGUUCCCAUCAUACCGUGCUUGAGCAUUGUUUUAAAUGUUUAUCUGAUGAUGGAAUUAGAGUACAAGACUUGGAUAAGGUUCAUCGUAUGGCUUAUAUGUGGAUUAUUGAUAUAUCUGUUCUACGGAAUUGGUCACAGUUUGGAAGGCAAUAAGCAAAAAAUUCAGCUAAACACAAUUCAAAUCAAACCGAAGCUAUCUAGUUAAUUAUAUGGAUAUUUAUUAAAUUACCAAUACGGUGGAAUCAUAUUCAAAUAUAUCGUGUGAUUCCUCGUCUAUUUCGAAAAAUAUAUGUAUACUUUUAUUAGUUGAUUAUAUUAUUUGGUACUUAUCUUAGUUUUAGGAUAUUUAAUACUUUUUGCUUUAUUUUAUGUAUUUUAUUUAAUGUUAUAUAGAGCUAUUGUAGUCUAUAACAUCCGAACUAUAUACAUAAGUACCACUAUUAUAAUAUUAUUAUUAUUAUUAUUAUUUAUACUAUCUUGUGUUAAUAUUCAGUUUUGAGCAUAAAUCUUAAGUUAAUAUAUUUUUAGAUAUAUUAUGAUAUUUGAAUUAUUUGUUUGUUUAAAAUUCUUAAAUGUCAAAAUGGAGUGAAAAUAAACUGAAUACAAUUUUAAAAGUAUACACGGAAGUACUUCAUAUUUUUCGAUAAUACUUAACACAAUAAUAUUAAAUAUAUUUGACUAGGUAUUUUAUAAUUCAUAAAUUCAUAAUAUUAUAUUAAUAAUAUAUUAUUAUGAAUGUGAUUUUUCAACUGUGAUCGUUAAUGUAAAAGGUAAUAUUAUUUAUCUUCAACUUAACUUAAAAUUAAAUAUUUAAAAAUAUAAAUUUUAAUAUAUAUUAAUUAUAAAAAAAAUCAUAUUCCCAUAUCUUUAUAGGAUAUUAUAAUAUAAUAUUAAUUACCGAUUCAUAAUCCUAAGUGAAGUAAAUAGAAAUAAUGGAACAUACAUAUAAAAUACGUAUACAUACACAUGUAUAAUUAACAUUCAAAACCUUAUUAAUGUGUAAUGUGUAUGCUUAUUAUGACUACCUAUAAAUGAUAUAAUUUGCUUUAUUUACAAUUGUAUAAUAUUGAAUCUGAAGGUAUUAUUAUAUUAAAAUGAUUUCGUGAUAGGUAAUUGACUAUUAAACUAUGUUUACGGAGAUCGAAUUUAUCUUAUAUUAAUAUUAUAACGAACAACUAAUGUAAUAUUAUUAUGAUAUGAUUAACUUGUAUUGUUUUACGUAUUAUUUUUUGUACAUUUUAUUAUUAUACAUUUUACCUGUUAAAAAUAUAUAAUAUAAUAUACAAAUUAUACAUCUUGUC